UUCGGCGGCGGGCGCGGGCCUGGCGGGGCCAGGCGCAGCAGGAAGGCAAAAUGGAAAGCGAGACAAUCGAAGCUAUUGGGGAGGAGUCGGAAACUUUCAUUAAGGGGAAAGAAAGAAAGACCUAUCAAAGACGCCGUGAAGGUGGGCAGGAGGAGGAUGCUUGCCAUAUACCACCGAACCAAGCAGAUGGGGGUGAAGUAGUGCAGGAUGUCAACAGUGGCGUGCAAAUGGUAAUGAUGGAACAGCUGGAUCCAGCGCUGCUUCAAAUGAAGACUGAAGUAAUGGAAGGCACAGUGGCUCAGGAAGCAGAGGCUACAGUAGAUGACACACAGAUAAUAACACUUCAGGUUGUUAAUAUGGAAGAACAGCCUAUAAACCUUGGUGAGCUUCAGCUUGUCCAAGUACCUGUUCCAGUGACUGUACCUGUUGCCACUACGUCUGUGGAAGAACUUCAGGGAGCCUAUGAAAAUGAAGUUUCCAAAGGAGGCCUGCAGGAGGGAGAGCCUAUGAUCUGUCACACGCUCCCUUUACCAGAAGGGUUCCAGGUAGUGAAAGUAGGUGCAAAUGGUGAGGUGGAGACACUGGAACAAGGUGAACUUCAGCCACAGGAAGAUCCCAAUUGGCAGAAAGAUCCAGACUAUCAGCCACCAGCCAAAAAAACAAAGAAAACCAAAAAGAGCAAGCUCCGGUACACUGAGGAAGGCAAAGAUGUGGAUGUUUCUGUGUAUGACUUUGAAGAGGAGCAGCAGGAGGGUUUGCUGUCUGAGGUUAAUGCAGAAAAGGUGGUGGGCAACAUGAAGCCCCCUAAACCAACAAAAAUCAAAAAGAAAGGUGUAAAGAAGACAUUCCAGUGCGAGCUGUGCAGUUAUACUUGUCCACGUCGUUCUAACUUGGACCGCCACAUGAAAAGCCACACUGAUGAAAGACCACACAAGUGCCAUCUCUGUGGUAGAGCUUUCCGGACAGUCACGCUGCUGAGGAACCACCUCAAUACUCACACAGGUACUCGCCCUCACAAGUGCCCAGACUGCGAUAUGGCCUUUGUGACCAGUGGAGAGUUGGUUCGGCAUCGCCGUUACAAACAUACUCAUGAGAAACCAUUCAAAUGUUCGAUGUGCGACUAUGCUAGUGUAGAGGUCAGCAAGUUGAAACGCCACAUUCGCUCUCAUACUGGAGAGCGCCCAUUCCAGUGCAGCUUGUGCAGUUAUGCCAGCAGAGAUACUUACAAACUGAAGAGGCACAUGAGAACUCACUCUGGAGAGAAGCCUUAUGAAUGUUACAUCUGUCAUGCUCGCUUUACCCAGAGUGGCACCAUGAAAAUGCACAUUUUACAGAAGCACACAGAGAAUGUGGCCAAAUUUCACUGCCCCCACUGCGACACUGUCAUAGCAAGAAAGAGUGAUUUAGGUGUUCAUUUACGAAAGCAGCAUUCCUACAUUGAGCAGGGCAAGAAGUGCCGUUACUGUGAUGCUGUGUUCCACGAGCGAUACGCUCUCAUCCAGCAUCAGAAAUCUCACAAGAAUGAGAAGCGCUUCAAGUGUGACCAGUGUGAUUAUGCAUGCAGACAGGAGCGGCACAUGAUCAUGCACAAACGUACCCAUACUGGAGAAAAGCCUUAUGCCUGUAGCCAUUGUGAUAAAACCUUCCGUCAGAAACAGCUCCUCGAUAUGCACUUCAAACGUUACCAUGACCCCAACUUUGUCCCUGCUGCCUUUGUCUGUUCAAAGUGUGGGAAAACAUUCACUCGCAGGAACACCAUGGCUAGACAUGCAGAUAAUUGUUCUGGCCCAGAUGGUGUAGAAGGAGAGAAUGGAGGGGAGCCUAAGAAGGGAAAACGUGGGAGAAAGAGAAAGAUGCGUUCUAAAAAAGAAGAUUCCUCUGAUAGUGAAGGGAGCAAAAUCAUCAUGGUAUCUGUGCAGUGGCCCCACCACCCCCUCUCUGUGGAACCAGUGGCAGUGUGGAGCCCAGAAGACUUCUGGGCAGCCUUGUGGAGGAAAUCUUCACCCAACAGUAGCCAUCGUAGCACAGCCAGAGGAAAAUGCUGAACCAGAUCUGGAUGACAAUGAAGAUGAGGAGGAGACAGCAGUAGAAAUUGAGGCUGAACCGGAAGUGGAGCCAGUGGCUCCCGCACCACCUCCUGCUAAGAAACGAAGAGGAAGGCCGCCAGGCAAAGCCAACCAACCAA